GAGUUUCACAUCGGACGGCAAAUAAGCUUUUGUUGCUUUGUGCCAAAUGGAGGAUCCUUACUACUCCUCUCACUCCCUGUGAAUUUCUCUGCUAAAAUCGAAGAGAAAAAAAAACUCAAUUGAUCAUCUUCCUCUUCUUCAGCUUCAAAUCCAUAAAUCUAAGCAGGUUACAGAGAAUUCUGAGUGUUUUUCUUCUUACUUCUGAUGUCUCCACCACUACUUGGUGUUGUGGAGGAGGAGGGUCAAAGCAAUGUUACUCUACUGGCUUCUUCAACCUCUGCAGAAAGCAUAUGCCAGAAUAGCUCUAAAUUAAAAGAGCGAAACUAUAUGGGAUUGUCAGAUUGUUCUUCUGUGGACAGUUCAGUAGUUCCUGCUGCAUCUGAUGAGAGAAAGACUCGUCUGAAUCUGAAAGCUACAGAACUGCGACUUGGGCUUCCAGGGUCUCAAUCACCUGAAAGGAAUUCUGAGCUUUGCCUGUUGAGCUCUACACAACUUGAUGAGAAGCCCUUCUUCCCCUUGCACCCCUCUAAUGAUGGUCACUGCUCUUCAGCGCAGAAAAAUGUUGUUUUGCGUAACAAAAGAGGGUUCUCUGAUGCUAUGGAUGGGUUCUUAGAGGGUAAAUUUCUUUCAAAUUCAGAGGUUAAUGUCAUGCUGUCACCUAAGCCCGCUCCAAACAUGGGAUUGAAACCUGGUUCUGCGCUUGAGAAAUUUGGGCCUCAGGCAGCUAAAGUGAAAGACAUAGUUGCCUCAAAGGCACCACAGGAGAGGCCUUAUGGAACAAAUGAUACCAGAACGAAUCACAAUACUUCUGCAAACAACAACAGUAGUGCCCCUGCUACCAAGGCACAGGUUGUGGGUUGGCCACCCAUCAGAUCAUUUAGGAAGAACUCUCUUGCUACCACAUCAAAGAACACUGAAGAAGUGGAUGGAAAAGCUGGGUCUGGUGCUUUGUUUGUCAAGGUUAGCAUGGAUGGUGCCCCUUAUUUAAGGAAAGUAGACUUGAGAAACUACUCUGCAUAUCAGGAACUAUCUUCUGCCCUCGAGAAGAUGUUCGGCUGCUUUACCAUUGGUCAAUAUGGAUCUCAUGGAGCUCUGGGAAGGGAGAUGCUGAGUGAGAGCAAGCUGAAGGAUCUGCUUCAUGGCUCAGAAUAUGUUCUUACCUAUGAGGAUAAAGAUGGUGACUGGAUGCUUGUUGGUGAUGUUCCGUGGGAGAUGUUUAUUGAUACAUGCAAGAGGCUGAGGAUCAUGAAGAGCUCUGAUGCCAUUGGCCUAGCCCCAAGGGCUGUGGAGAAAUGCAAGAACCAGAACUAGCCAACCGUGCUAUCUGUCCAGCACAUAAGGGUUGAAAUUUUGGAAAUUGGUACAGAAGCUCAUGAUUAUAAUUUCCUCUAAGGGGAGCAGGGAAAGAUAGGGUGUUGGACUGGGUAACAAUGUCAUGGGUGUCUGUUUAUUAUCUUUCUAACUUUUGGUUUUUAAGGAAACUCUUGUUUUCUAAGCUCUGUUAAAGUUUAUAAAAUCGUCAAACUCCAAAGACCUGUGUAUUUGGGAGUGCCACUACUAUUCUGUGUCGAAGUUUGGACAAGUUCUUGUUUCGAUACAGGGAUCGUAGUUUGUAAAGUGCAUUGUUUGUUGAUCUCAUUAUGUAAUGUCUGGUGAAAAGUGAAGACUACUCGUUUCAGGAAA